AUGGUGGCUGGUAUUAACAAGCAGUGUGCUCGUACUGGCACGUCGUUUUUACUAAAUCAGGUUUGCGCACUUCUUCAUACAUCAACAUCCAAACAACACACUUUCUGGCCCGCUGGUACUCAUCACCCGCCUGUGACUUGUAAAAUACCAUUUUAUCACCUACGUCUUUUCUGGUUGCACAUUUUGGUAGGGGCUAAAAAAUUAAUUUUGCACCGCAAACCGUGCUGUGGAUUAGAUAACACCAGAAUAGGGCCUAUUUGCGGGAAGGGUGCACGAAAGUGUAAGACAUGGAUCAGUUAUGGGCAGGUAAAUGCUUUUCCAAUCCUAACCGUUUAUGCAUACCAAGAGAGCAACCCAUCACUGCCGGUCAAUUCAUCUACAAAACCAUUGCUGAAAAUGUGGUAG